CUGAUUGAGCUCUUUGUGGAGACACACACCCUUGUAUGUAUGAGUCCUUAGAUUUUAUUCUUGUUCCAUGAACUCUAAGAGAGAAUUGAAUUAGUACUUACUAGUGAUCUUGGAGAACAAGAAGAUGGAGCUACUUGUUAUGGAGAAGAAGAAGAAGAUUGAGGAAGAGAAAAAGGUAGAAAAGGAAGAACAAGAAGAUGUAGAAGAUGUAGAAGCAGAAAAAGAAAAAGAAGAAGAAGAAGAUGUUGUGCUUCCGGGGUUUCGGUUUCAUCCUACCGAUGAAGAGCUUGUCGGCUUUUAUCUUCGGAGAAAGGUGGAUAACAAGCCUAUUAGUAUAGAAAUAAUCAAACAGAUAGAUAUCUACAAGUAUGAUCCAUGGGAUCUCCCAAUUAGCAAUGUUGGAGAGAAAGAAUGGUACUUCUUUUGCUUGAGGGGGAGGAAGUAUAGGAAUAGCAUAAGGCCUAAUAGAGUCACUGGUUCGGGGUUUUGGAAGGCGACGGGCAUUGAUAGACCGAUAUAUUCUCCAAACGACAUUGGGAAAUGCAUUGGAUUGAAGAAGUCUUUGGUUUAUUAUCGAGGAAGCGCCGGAAAAGGCACCAAGACUGAUUGGAUGAUGCAUGAAUUUCGCCUUCCCCCGGCCACAAAGAACGACGCAAACAAUCCCCCUAGUCUUCAAGAAGCGGAAAUUUGGACAAUUUGCCGAAUAUUCAAGCGAAAUACAACAUACAAAAGAUAUCAUCCUCAAGAUUGGAGUAAAGAAUCACCAAGAAAGCGAAUAUUGGCAAGUGAUGCAAGUUCAAAAACGAAUAGUUUCGAAUCAGAUACCGGAGAAGAUCAAUUCAAAUGUUUCGGUAUAUCUUAUGUUGAUCAUCAAGGCCAUGACAACAAGAUACCAACUACUAAUUACUUUGAUCAAAGGAACCAUUUCUAUACUACCCAAUGGAACCAAGUGGCCACUCAAACUCCAUUGACAACAUUACACUCUUCGACAUUGAACCCGAAUGAAUUGAUCAAAGAAACAAACUGGGAUGAACUCGGAAGGAUGACCGAGUUCAUGACCGAUCCCGCAUUCGUCUACGACGGACGAUAUUCAUCGGUUACGUACAAUUCGAUGUAAGUAAUCACUGAUGUUAGAACUAGGUAGCAGAAAAAGAAGAAGAGUAAUAUCAUAUGUGCAUGUAUUUUAUGCUAACUGUUUGAGUUUAUGGUUGUUAUUGUGGUGAUACAAUAAAAUGAAACUCUAUAUGGUCAUCACUAGAUGUUUGUAUUGCUUUGUACUUGAAUGAUCACUGGUAUGAAGUAAAUUCAGGUACAAAGAGUGAUGAUUAAUUUACUGGGAACUCUUUUCUAUCUUAAUUUUGUAUUUUAUCAGGAGUUCAUUGUAUGUGAA